CUUCCCUGCGCGUAGGGCUGGUAGCGGGGCUGUUUCCUGGUCUCGCAGAAAGAGGCAGUGCUGAGUUAGGAAGACAAAAAUAGACCUUUACAGAGAAAUAUAGGGAUUGUGUGCGCUGUGGGGAGGGAGAGCGGAGAGCGGCACCCGGCUGGUUUCCAGGAGGAGCCCUUUUCUCUCCCUCUCGUUGCAUGUUAGGGAUUUUUGCACAGAUUUCUCCCCCCACCCCCUCCCCGCCGGGGCAGGGACACCUCUGCCGCCUGCUCGCCGCAUCUCUGGUGGGGAGCGAACCAGCGAACUCCGCUGCGAUCGGAAAGCGGCCAGAGACCAUUUUAUGUGAGCGAGCCGGGGGGGAAGAAGAGGAGAGAGACCGUCGCAGGGACACACACGGAUAUAAAGACUUGUCUUCUGCCUCCCUCCCCCCCCCCGCCCCUCUCCCCCUUGUAAAUACUAAAUCUGUGAAGGCAGCGAUUUGACAUCCACCCUAAGCAGCGGCUAUGGGGUGUUUGGGCAACAGCAAAACGGAGGAUCAGCGUAUCGAUGAGAAAGCGCAGCGAGAAGCCAACAAAAAAAUAGAGAAGCAGUUGCAGAAAGAGAGGCUGGCUUAUAAAGCGACACACCGCUUGCUGCUCCUGGGGGCUGGUGAGUCAGGAAAAAGCACUAUUGUGAAACAAAUGCGAAUCCUACAUGUCAAUGGAUUUAAUUCAGAAGAAAAGAAACAGAAAAUACUGGAUAUUCGGAAAAAUGUUAAAGAUGCGAUUGUGACUAUAGUUUCAGCAAUGAGCACUUUAAUACCCCCAGUUCCAUUGGCCAACCCAGAAAACCAAUUUCGAAUGGACUACAUCAAGAGUAUAGCUCCUCUUUCUGACUUUGACUAUACACAGGAAUUCUUUGAACAUGCAAAAAAGCUCUGGGAUGACGAAGGCGUAAAGGCGUGCUUCGAGAGGUCAAACGAAUAUCAGCUGAUUGACUGUGCACAGUACUUUUUAGAAAGAAUUGACAGCGUCAGCAUGGAUGACUACACGCCCACAGAUCAGGACCUAUUAAGAUGCAGAGUGUUGACAUCAGGGAUUUUUGAAACAAGAUUUCAAGUAGAUAAAGUAAAUUUCCACAUGUUUGAUGUAGGUGGCCAGAGAGAUGAGAGAAGAAAAUGGAUCCAAUGCUUUAAUGAUGUCACAGCUAUCAUCUUCGUUGUGGCUUGCAGCAGCUACAACAUGGUAAUAAGGGAAGACAAUAACACAAAUAGACUACGGGAAUCCCUGGACCUUUUCAAAAGUAUCUGGAAUAACAGGUGGUUACGGACCAUUUCUAUCAUUUUGUUCUUGAAUAAACAGGACAUGCUGGCUGAAAAAGUCUUGGCAGGGAAAUCAAAAAUUGAAGAUUACUUUCCUGAAUACGCGCAUUAUACUGUACCUGAGGAUGCAACACCAGAUGCAGGAGAAGACCCCAAAGUCACAAGAGCCAAGUUCUUCAUCCGGGAUGAGUUUUUAAGGAUAAGUACAGCGAGUGGAGAUGGCCGGCAUUAUUGCUACCCACACUUUACAUGUGCAGUGGACACAGAAAAUAUCCGCAGAGUGUUCAACGACUGUCGAGACAUCAUUCAAAGGAUGCAUCUCCGCCAGUACGAACUCUUGUGAGGGGGAUCACCGUGGAACCUGUGGUUUUAAAUUCUUUGCUCCUUACUCUUUCUCUUGAUACUACCCCACACAGGGUGGAAGAAUAUACUAUAGAAAUGUCAGUCUCUUCACUUUGUUUACUUUAAUUAUUUAACCUUAAAGCUGAUUUGAAGCAAGUUUGGGUUAUUUUUCCUUCAUGCUUUUUGGGACUAUUUUUGUGCUUUAUUUUGACAUGCCACUUCUUCGUCAUUCCACUAAGCCCCUCGGCUACCUCUGUUCCCUUAGGUUUUGUUUUUUUAAACUGAACGUGACCUGCUAAAUUUUUUCCAGCGGGUUAACCUCAGUUCAAACUGGUAUGUCAGCUGGAUGACACUAAAGUCAUACCUAUCCCUCUGUGUGGGUUUCCUUUUGAACAUGACAUUGAAGAGUACUUGAUGGGUGAAAAAAAGAUUAAUGCACUUUGUAUCAGGUUAUUAAAUACUGUUGAGGAAGUAGACACACAAUGUAGCAGCACCACAAUAUUUAUUACUCUGUCACAGUUUUUAGCAUUUCUGAGUUGCAGGUCAACUGAUAAAGUGACCUCCUCUUUUAAGCCGUUACUGGCACAGGAAGUAGAGUAGAUAAUGAGAGGAACAGUGAAGACAAAGCAAUUUUUCUGGGGUUUUGGAGCUAAGUGUCUCUGCACACCUCAGGCAUUUGAAUUACAGCUACUUUUCAGCCUGUUGCAUCUAGGCAGAAAAUUUACCACCCUCACUUAUGUUAUUUGUGCUGUCCACAAAUGAUCCUUUUAGUUCCGAUCAUUCUUGGACAACAGUCCUCUCCCUAUAUAUAUAUUUUUUGUUUUAUUGCUGGUUUAUUAUAUUGUACAGACUGUAAAAUGUAAUAUUAUUUUGUACAACUUUAUUGAAGAAAAAUACUUGUAGAAGAUCUUUGUGCCUUGAUUAUGGCUGUACCUGUAAAAUGAGCUAAGAUGUAAGUAUGUUUUUGAUUGCGCUGUACAGCUUGAUGUCAACCUUACCUUCAGCAGUGACUGGAGGUAAGAACUUUAUCUGUAGAGUUUAGGGGUUUUUUUCUGGUUUAUAUAAAAAUGCUCUUUAGUAUAAAAAUUAUAAAUUAUGCAAAUUAACCACUUACCUUUCCAAGUAAGGUAUUACAGUCACCGGAUGUUGCAGCAAACAUGCCUUUCUCUUUUGAAGUCUCAGCUUUAAAACAUUGGAAUUCAUUCAAGUGUCCAAAUUGCAACCUGGUGUUGUUUUAAUGGGAACCAAGGAUUUAGUUUUCCUUUUUUUUUUUUUGUCCUUUAUAUUUAGAAAAUAUGUUUGGUAAUUCUUUGGUCAUUCAUAGAACUUCACAAUUGCACAGACCGAUUGUGAAUGUGUAAAGCACCAUUAUAUAGAGCUCUUCAAUCUUUGUACCAACAGCAGCUUUCAUUGUGCAAGUAAAUAUCAAGAAAGAAGAUAAGAAAAAAAAAAGGUGUAUAAACCCUUGUGUCUGGCCUAAGAGAAUUACAAGAUGACAUUUUUAUUUCUCUUUUAAUAAAGAGACACAUUAGAAAAUUGUUUUAUUUUAAAUAUUGUAGAAUCAAAAUGUGUGAAUAUUUCUCAAACUUGAAUAAUUUAUGCAAAUGACAUUCUCAAAACAAGUUGUGGUACAGUACAAUAUAUAAAAAGCAAGAAUUGCUGUAGCAAUAAGGCAUGUCCUUUUUAGUAACUAUAACACUGCUUUAUAUUUUAUACAUAGGUGUUUUAUGUCUGUGACUAUAUACUUUUCCUGUGUCCAAGAUAACCUGUACAAAUGUCUAAAAUUACAGUUGCAAUAACAGAAACCUAGAGAAAUGUUAGACUACAUUACUUUAUAGAGUGUUUUACCACACUUUGGACCAUUCCCCCCACUCCAUUUUAAAUUUAGGGAGAGAUUAAGAGCUAACACAGUCCCCCACACUGGCAUAAAAAUUAGUAGGUUUUAUUAACUUUUUACUGUAAGUAUCAUUAUUAGUUAUAAACCCCAAUCAGACCUCUUUUUAAAUUCAGACUACAGACCAGUUGAGAACUUGUUUCUAGUUAAAUAUAAAACAGUCUCAUUUUAGAUACCAUAGUAUGACCAUUUCUUUUCCCAGAAAUGUGUUAUGUUCAAUUUAGUUAUAUUUCCCAAAAAGUGAAAGGCUGGGUGGAAUAAGCUAAUAGUAAACAAAAUUCCCAAAAUUCUCUCACUUCUUUCCCAUGCCAAAGAAAGUAAUAGAGCGAAUAACAAAAGAUAGUCUUUUUUUUUCUAAACUAUCUCCAGCACAGAAGUUCAGGUUAGAGCUCCCAGCCUCUGCAGGAACAUCAGCAGGAAAACUGGUUCUGGUGUGAAAUAGUCCCUCUGUUUUUUCCAGGGCAGGUGGGGAGCAGCAGUAGGUUUGUCCACCUUCCCUCACACAGUGAAGAUGCUGAGCUCAGAUUUUAUCUUCUCCAUGCUGACCCCCAGGCUGGGGCCUGUGGCACAACUGGUGGCCUCGGCCUCUGGUGCAGUUCAACAUGUGACAUUACAACAAAGUCAACAGGACUUGGCACCCUGCAGGAAUCUAAAAUAACAUGCACUCCUAUCCCUACCUAUCCGUAGACUGAGGGCCAAGGCAUAGGAUGAUUUUACUGCAGCUGUAUUUGACCUCCCUUCUUGCAGGAGAUCAGAAACUGGAGGGCCCCUCACCACACAGAUCUCUGGGAUGCAAUAGGGCCCUCUUUUUUUAAGCUCAUCAUAGCACAUCUCUUUGAAAAUAGCAGCUUGAGGUGUCACCCUAAUUUUUUUUAAGCAGGUUUUAAGUGUGUAUCAGCAAACUGGAUCCACGAGCUUCUUCCCUUUGUUGUCUGGUAGACGAUAACUGCAAAUUACAGUCAGCUAACAAUUUACUGUGUCAAGAACCAGAAGAUCUCUUGUCCCAAACCACAGUCCCCUUACAAAUGACACCCUAAAAAGGUUAUGGAAAUCAGCAUCUCUCAGUGCUGAUGCAUCUAGUUUCUGCCUGACCCUAGAACACAAGCAUGACGUUAGAAGGGCCAUGCAGCAAUAAAACAGAGAAACGUUUCCAGUUUGCAGGAUUCAGCCUCCACCAGGGUAAGACACUAGUGCAGACAAGUGAUGAGGCUAUAGGAUUUACAUAAUGUACAGUUACACUUUUAAUAUACAUAUUUGAUACAAAAAUUAUAGCAGGAAAAGGACUCAUUUGAUUGUCGAAUACAGUAUUUUUGUACAGCAUGAAACGUUCAUUUCAGUUAAUUAUUUAUCCUGUAGUAGUCAUAUCAGCUGUAUAGGACUUCUAUGGUAUGUAUAAAUGCAACCUGCCUUCAGACUAGCAAUCAAAUUAGGUCAUUUGCUGGCAUGAAUAUAGUCUGAUGUUUGACUGUUCUCAGCUUUGGUAUUUCAGUGACUGAAUGCAGAUGUCUGGCUCUUCAUACUGCUUUAUGCUUACUGAUUAAACGCUGAGCAAAAUAAAACGGUGGAGUGAGAAGCUGAA